AUGAGUUUCAGCAAACUUAUAGCAGCGUUUACUGUUUCUGCCGCUGUUGAACCUUCAGUCCCAACAAAACCAUCAUCAUCAACAACAAAAUCGUCAGGAGCACGACCACAGCCAACAGCAUCAACAGCUUCGACAUAUAAAUUAUCACCAACCACACAAGUAACAGAUAACAAUAUUGUAAUAACAUCAAACGACGAAUUUAGUUGUAGUAAAAUUGGAACAAAUGCAAUAGUUACAUCGCCACCGAGUCCGGAUGCAACUGUUCCUCUUUGGACGGAACAAGUUGAUGCCGACACAAAGAAAAAAAUGGACUCAGAAACAAUUCGACGUCAAGAAGUGAUGUUCGAGAUAAUUCGAACCGAGAAAGAAUUUGUCGAUGAUCUUCAAUAUUUGCUAGAUCAUUAUGUAACGGCAAUCCAAGGCUCUCGUAUCCGUCUACCGAAUAGUUUAGUGCACACAUUUUCUGUAUUACUGGAAAUAUAUUAUAUGCAUAGAAACAUCUCGAGACAAUUACUGAAUACUCAGGCAAUUUACCGAGUGGUUCCAUCAAUAACAGAUGCACUUGUUGCCCUUGUCGGAAACAUAAAUAAAUACGAUAAAUAUCUUCUUUAUCAUAAAACUGCCAUAUCGGAACUCGCAAAUGCACGAAAAAAGGGUAAUAAACUUGGUCAAUUAGUGAAAACGCUUGAAUCUCAUGUGAUGACUGGCAGAUAUCGAUCGUUAGAGAGCUUAUUGGCAAAGCCAAUUCAGCGAUUAUGCAAAUAUCCUUUAUUAGUCAUGACUCUACUUCGAGUUACUCCGAAAUCUGCGAAGGAACUUGAUAUUCGAAUAGACCACGAACAAUUGCGUAAACUCCACGAUGAAUUGGAUCACGAAAUCCGAAGUCUUCAAGAAAGAAAUGAACGUGCAAAAAAGGAGGAAAACCUCAAGCGAAGAAUAAAUGGUCUUGGGAGCAAAUGCGUUUACGCGUCAAAGUCGACGUCUCAGUAUAAUGGCAAGUACGCGGUGAAAGAGCACAAAUAUACACAUUCACGAGAAUACAUCGAAUACUAUCAUCAUAUUCAUAACGACAACACAUAUCUCGACUUGCAAACUCAUCGCAGCUACCGUCAGACACUCAUCAAGGUCAUAGAGAAUCAAUUUAAAAACAAAAAGAUGCAAAUUAAAACCAUAAACAUUUUCAAUCGUCGCUUACAUUUUGUUUGUAAAAUAGAAGUUUUUGGUUCACCUUUACUCUCGUAA